ACAUGAAGCUCAAGAUCUGAACCUGCUAUGACUGACCCAGACGUCCUCACUGAGGUCCCAGCAGCUCUCAAACGCCUUGCCAAAUACGUGGUGCGUGGCUUUUAUGGCAUUGAACAUGCUUUGGCUCUGGACAUUCUCAUCAGGAACCCCUGCGUGAAGGAAGAGGACAUGUUAGAGCUGCUGAAGUUUGAUAGGAAGCAGUUGCGAGCUGUCCUCAACACCCUCAAGGGCGACAAGUUCAUCAAAUGCAGGAUGAGGGUAGAGACGGCUCCAGAUGGCAAAACCACCCGUCACAACUACUACUUCAUCAACUACCGCCUUCUGGUUAACGUGGUGAAGUACAAGCUGGACCACAUGAGGCGGCGGAUUGAGACGGAUGAGAGAGACUCCACCAACCGCGCCUCUUUUAAAUGCCCCAUUUGCUUCAGCACUUUCACAGACUUGGAGGCCAACCAGCUCUUCGAUCCCCGGACAGAUUUGACGGUUCUUGUUCAUAUCCUGGAGACUGCUUUCGGCAGUUCCCUGUUUUCUGUGGG